CAUUUGCUGAGCGACCCCGCGCUCUCGAGUCCUAUGUAGACCGCAAGGUCUAAGCGCACAAUAUUUGUCGUCUCCGUCUCAUCCGAUUGCGGAUCGCUUCGCUGAUGUCUAACGAGGUGAGGUUGAGUUCGGUCGGUCGCAUGCAGGAGCUGACGUUGGGUUUGGGAUGUUGCGGAAGGCACUAUCGCUGGGGAAGGAGACAAUCUGGCAAGCGCGCAGACAUCUGAGCACUCAUGCGACGGCAACGUACACAAUAAUGGCCAGGUAUGUAGUGUUGUCGCGCAAAAGUGCAAGCUCGGGGCGGGGUGGUGUAGUCACUGGAAUGUCUCGUCGUUCAGGGCACAACUCUGCGCUAUCCGCUAUUCUCGCCUUGGCAACGCUGCUGGCAAUCUUCGGCGACUUCACCGGCCCUGCUGGGAAGGGGCAGGGAGGGCUGUCGAGAGCUUGAGCGAUCAGCACAAAGGAUCGGC